GAUGCACUGCGAUACGAAAUCGCAAUGCUAAUGCAGUCUGCAGCACUCCCUUUGACUGGUUGACCAGAUCGCCCGGCGGAUGUUCUCUCUCACCUGCGUUCUCGCCAGAUUCUCUCGCUUUGAAAUCGAAUCUUGCUUCGUUUCCCUCCAUCAGUUUUUCUUGAUUGCCAUCCGCGCUUUCGGAUACUCACCCAUCGUCCGCUCGCGCAUUUCCGCUUUCUGCUCUCCGUUUCCUUCGCUAUGGUCGUCAUUCACACCGUUCUGCUCAAGAUCCGCAAGGAUGUCCCUCAGGAGGCCAUCGACACCAUGAUCCGCGAAAUCAACAACCUCCACCACAUCCCUGGUCUAAUCAAGAUUGCAGCCGGAGAGAACUUCAUGCCCGAGCGUGCCCACGGAUACACCCACGGUCUGAGCGCCGAGUUCGAGUCGAAGGAGCCACCUGCGUCGCGGACCCAGGCUCUGCAGGGCUACGCCAUCCAUCCUGACCACGUCGGCGUCGUCACGAACCACAUCCGACCCCAUGUCGAGGCUGAUGCCGGUGUUCUUGCCUUCGACUUUGUCGUUCCGUACACCCCCAAGAUCUGA